AUGGCGGGGAUUGAGAAGCACCCUGAAACGAACUUCGUAGAGCUUUAUCGAGAUAUCAGUGCAUCCGAGUACAUGGAAUUCAAGCUAAACAACCCCGACUUCGAAUUUCAACGGGAAAAUGCGCUUCGUUGCUGCUACGAAGGGCUCCAGUCGCUGCCCAACGGACUGAGAGUCUUGGACUACGGAUCCGGAGCCUCUCUCCACGAGACGGUACUCACUGCCGCAAAGGCCUCGGAAAUAGUUCUCUCCGACUACUCCCCUAAAAAUCGAGAGGCCCUUCGUCUGUGGUUGAACGGCGAUCCAGCGGCGUUCGAUUGGAUACCGCACUUUCGACGUACGUUGCGAGAAAUCGAGGAAGGAGGAGAGAAGGAAUUGUCGCAUAGAGUGGAAACGAUACGACGUGUGGCGAAAGCCGUCGUCCACUGCGAUCUAUCUCAAGACCCGCCCAUCCAGAGGGGCUACGACGUUCAAUACGACCUGAUAUACAGCUCAUUUUGCCUGUGUGCCGCAGCUAACUCCCACGAGGAAUACCGACAGGGGAUAAACAAACUCGCAAAAUUACUCAAACCCGGAGGAGUUCUUAUGAUGUACGAAUCGGAGCACAAGGAAUGCCAGCAGUCUUUCUACUACAUCAAAAGCAGCAAGUUUCCGUACGUGGCUGUAACCAGUGAAUUUGUGGCGGGAGCAUUUCGUGAUGCUGGUUUUGUUGCCGUGUCUGUACGCUCGGUGGAAAUGGAUCCCAACCAUUCGUUUAGAGUCCAGAGGCCUGAAAGAAUUGGGUACUUUCACAUUCAAGGCAUCAAAGCAUGA